AUGCCCGCCGCGGCUGGCACCAAGCGUCCGAGCAACAACGGCGCCACGUCGUCGCCCACCAACCGACGCCCGGACAGUACUGCUGCGCCCCCGACCACGACUCCGACCCCGGCCCCGGCCCCGAAGGUUUCUGCAACUCCUCCCGCCACGCCUACACCCCCCGCCGCUGCCGCCGCCGCCGCCCCUCAGCCUCGGGCGACGCGUCCCAGUCCUUCCAGCGCCCGCCCCACCCAGCCAAAGGUAAUCGGCGGGGUGACGUACAACCUGGAGACGCUCUCGUCCCAAGCCGCCGUCGCCGAUGUCGAGGCCCACCCCGUCGAGGGAACGGAAGGGCCGCGUCUCGAGUUCUACAUGACCGGCAAGAAAGUCCUCAUCGAGAUGGAGAACUCACUGGACUUGUCGGACUUCCCCAAGGCCAACGUUAUCUCCAGAAAGCAGGUGGUGGUUACGGCCCUGAAGAGUGGCAGCUUCACUAUCGAGAACUUUGCGAGGAACACCACCUCGCUCAACGGAACGACAGCUACUUUGCCCUUCGAGCUCUCCUUUGCAGAUGUCGUGGUCGUUUUCAAGCCUCCGGCCAAGCCCCGGGUCCCGGCCUGGUGGGUCGCGAUGUGGGCGGAGAAGAGAGAGGCCAAGGAGAAGGAGAACCCCAAGAACCCCAAGUGA